AUGGAGGCUAAGGUGGGUGACAAGGCAACGGGAAUCGUUUACGAUGAGUACAUGAUCAAGCACGCGCCGGACCCAUCAGAUUGGCACCCGGAGAAGCCCAAGCGGCUAUGGGCCUCGUGGGACCGGCUCCGGGACAAGGGCAUCGUCGACCGUUGCCAGCGGGUCGUCGCCAGGGAGGCCGGCGAGGAGGAGCUCAUGUGCGUCCACACCAAGGAGCACGUGGAUCGAGUCCACGAGAAGGCGGAGGACGCCAAGGGAGGCGGCAUGGCCUACUUCGACGCCGACACCUACGCCAACGAGUACUCCGAGCGCGCUGCCCGCCUCGCCGCCGGUGGUCUGGUGGAGCUCACCACCAAGGUGGCUACGGGCGAGCUGGACAAUGGAUUUGCUCUCAUCAGGCCGCCGGGCCACCACGCCGAGCCCGGGCAAUCCCAAGGAUUCUGUCUGUUCAACAACGUUGCGGUCGCAGUGCAGACGAUCCUCGACACGCAACCACACAUCAAGAAGAUCAUGAUCGUGGACUGGGACGUCCACCACGGAAACGGCACGGAAAAGACCUUCUACGAAACAGACAAGGUGCUCUUCCUCUCGCUCCACCGAUUCGAGCCCGAUUUCUACCCCAACAGCGGGCCUCUGGAGUCCGUUGGCGCGGGCGAGGGCAAGGGCUACAACAUCAACGUGCCGUGGAACUUCUUUGGCGCCGGCAACGCCGAGUACCUCUACGCCUUCGAGCAGCUCGUGGUGCCCGUGGCCAAGGCGUAUCAGCCCGACCUAGUGCUGGUGUCGUGCGGCUUCGACGCCGCGUGGGGCGACCCCCUGGGCGGUAUGACCAUCACGGCUAGCGGCUAUCAGCAGAUGACGCGAAUGCUCCUCGCGGCCACCAACGGAAAGGUGGUGCUCGCUCUCGAGGGCGGGUACAACGUGCGAAUCAUCGCUACGUGCGCAGAGGCGUGCAUUCGGGCGCUGUUGGGCGAGCAGGAGUUUAACGUGGAAGAGGAACAAAGGGAUCUGGACAAGAGGAAGCUGCAAUACGAUGCCGCAGCGGCGCAGGAGCUGAUGAACAAGGCCAAGAAGGUGGUGAACGCCGUCAAGGAGGUCCACGCCGACCACUGGCCCGUCCUGCGCAGCACGGCGGCCGCCCAAGUCGCCGACGACGACGAGCCGACGGUCGAGGCCGCCCUGGCCAAGCUGAGCCUCGCCACUCGCGAGACACCGGAAGCCGAAGUAAACUAA